CGGCAGGUCAGGGGGUUCUGUAUUAUCAUUAAUAACCAGGUGUUUGCGGACCCGGAGCUAACAUUCCGGAGCGGUUCCCGAGCGGACGCCUACCGACUGUCCGAUGUGUUCAGUCAACUCGGUUUUGAUGUCCAUAUGUAUGACAAUCAGACCAGCGAUCAGAUGAAGAAGUUGUUGAUGGGGUUCAGGAAUAGGGAGACAGAGCUGUCAGUUCAUGAAGCGCUGGUAGUUAUUAUACUGAGUCACGGCUGUGAGGAUGGUGUGCACGGGUCGGAUGGACAGGUAGUUCCCGUGAAGACUAUUUUGGGAUAUUUUAAUAAUGACUACUGUACGGCACUUAUCGGAAAGCCUAAAAUGUUUUUUCUAACCGCUUGUAGGGGUGAUGAAAUGGACCAGGGUGUUCGUAGAAAGACUAGAGGAAUGUUAUUAGUACCGGAGGAUAUUAGUAGUAUAAUUCCCACGUGGAGUGACAUAUUUGUAUACUACUCCACCAUCGAGGGUUAUUUAUCGCCACGGAAUACAAUUACCGGCUCGUGGUUUGGCUACGAGUUGGCCCACUGUUUGGCGAAAUACUCGGCCACUGAACACCUCAACGAUUUGGUGACCAUAAGAGUGGCCAAAAAGGUCGACCACAGAAUCAGUCGACUAAAUGGGACCCUGGUCUUCAAGUCGGCCAUUGAAUGCAAGACAUUAGCUACCCUUGAAUUAAAGGAUUGGAAAGACAUCAGAAAAUUUGGUCACUCUAUCGAAACAUCCGGAUUAUUAACCCAUGAAUUAUGUGAACACUACUCAACCACUCAAUGGAUGACCCGACUCAGCGAUCUGGUGUUUACGGGCCGGGAGUUCACGAGUAAACUAACCAUGUUUGAGGACCCGGAGCUAACAUUCCGGAGUGGUUCGCGAGCGGACGCCUACCGACUGUCCGAUGUGUUCAGUCAACUCGGUUUCGAUGUCCAUAUGUAUGACAAUCAGACCAGUGGUCAGAUGACGGAGUUGUUGAUGAGGUUCAGGGAUAGGGAGGCAGACCUCUCAACCCACGACGCGCUGGUGGUUAUUAUACUGAGUCACGGCUGUAAGGAUGGUGUGUACGGGUCGGAAGGACAGGUAGUCUCCGUCGACUAUAUAUUGGGCGGUUAUUCAUCGCCACGCAAUACAAUAACAGGUUCGUGGUUUGGCUACGAGUUGGCCCAUUGUUUGGCACAAUACUCGGCCACUGAACACCUCAACGACUUGAUGACAAUAAGAGUAGCACAAUAUGUUGACCACCGGAUCAGUCAAAUACCAGGUGUCGGUGCCUUCAAGUCGGCCAUUGAGUGCAAAACUUUA